CAGGCGGCGCCCGCGGCGGACUCUCGGGACCCGCCGCAGCCCCCAACGGUCUACUGGGAGGCGCCGCCGCCGCGGGCGCCCGCAGCACCGCAGGUCCGCGACGGCGUCCAAUGGCCAGGCCACGGCGUCCCAUUCGCGAGGGGGCAUUGCGGCGGCAAGCAGGCCGCGCCCGUAGCCGACUACUGGGAGGCGCCCCCCGCGGACUACUGGGAGGCGCCGCCGCCGCGGGCGCCCGCCCAGCGCGGCGGCGACGGCGCCCUGGGGCCGCGCAGGGCGCAUUGCGGCGGCACACAGGCCGCGGGCAGCGCCAACGCCGCGGCGGCGGGAUCACCGGCACCAGGCGACGAGACCGUCCUCACGCUGGUGCCGCCGAGUGUUCCCAACGACCCCGCGGACUUGCACAGGGGACAGCAGGGCGAGUGGCUCCCGCGCGUCGUCACGGUCAUGAUACGGCGGCAUCCCGAUCGACGUGAAGCAGGGGGGCCUGCUGGACCUCAUCGAGCGGACCGGGUUCAGGCGCCGCUUCGACUACGCAUACCUGCCCCGCAAUUUCCACACCGGCACCAGCCAGGGGCACGCGUUUGUCAACUUCGUCACCCCGAGCGACGCCGACAACUUCUACAGCAUGUGGAACCGGUCGCAGUUGGUGGGCGCCCGCCUCGACGUGGCCGAGCUCAAGAUCCGGGCCUCGCUGGUGCAGGGCUUCGAGGAGAACACCAAGAGCUGGACCGCCUCCAGGCUGCGCCGCGUGAGGAACCCCGAGUUCCGCGCCUUCAUCGCCGACGGCCUGUGCGCCGCCGCCCCCUGAGCCCCGCGCGGCCCUGCCCGCGGGCCCCGCCAGCACGGGCGCGGGCGGCCGAGGAGCCUCGAUGCCAGCCGCGCCUCCGCCCGCGCUCGGCGGCGAGCACCCCGCGAGUGCGUUGUCGGUGUCUAUGGGUUGCCUCAGUCUCGUCUCGCUUGCAGACGGGGAGCGGGUGCGCCCGUGGACGCCGUUCUGCGAUGUGCGGGAGUCGAGCACCAAGCAUCGGCACAUGCAUGAGCUCUCGGCAGUCCACGCAGAUUUCUUGGGUCGGCACUGGCCCCUUUUCUCUGCCGACGCCAGGGGCGCCGCCAGGGGGGCUGCCUGGAACUCAUCGACGCUGGCGACGGGGGGCAGGGCGGGGGUUGACCAUUUCAGCAGGGGAGGUGGUGGGAUCACGGCAGAGGUCAAUCUAGCGGCGCCUUCACUCCGUUUCAAAGCCCCGCGCGCCGCGCUCUCGUCGCGAGCUGGCCGCAGGGGGGCCCGGUGGCCAGCGCCAGCGGCGUCGUUGGGUGCACUCCCCGCGCGGGGGCUCGCCUUGAGAGAUGCAUGUCUCGGCGAGCGCCCUCAGCAGGCGGCCUGCCUGUUGCACAUACAUUUUAGAAUCUACGGGCCCUUUUUAUCAGCUUCGGCCCCGUGGGUGGGCUCCGCCCAAGGCGCUUCAUUCGCGCAUCUCCCUUGGCAGCGCGGGCGAGUGAUGCCCCACCAUACCCAUUGUUCGGUCAAUCAUUUCCCAUCUUUGCGGCUUGCCGCCCUGUUGCGUCGUGUCGGAGGUCCGCGCGGACUUCCCCCAUCGGCGCUGGCGCCCUCUUCAGUGGCAUGGGCCAAUGGGCCCUCUCCAGCCCAGACGGGCCCAGAGCUACGCCAUUAUUCCAUCUCUCGAUGGAGCAAUAUCUCAUCUUGCUGUCAUGGCGUAUGUAGCCAUCUCGACCGUCAUGGUCUCGUACUCCACUGGGAUACCGUGCUGUUCUUUGAAGUGCGUCCUCGCACGAGUGCGAACUUUUGGGGCCAUGGCGUGCACCAUCUCUCGCGGUCACGGCGUGCAGCAUCUCUCACUAAAGUUCAGCUACCAGGUGUACUGAUAAGAUUUGGUGCUCGCGUGAUGCGUAGACAUCCAGACGAGAGAACCGUGCGGAUUGCUCUUUUGAUUAGGAUGAUACGUCCUCUGUGCACAGGCGUCGGCCAGUGCGAGCUCGCCGGUCCCUCGGCAUAUCGAGGGCGGAGCAAUUGCUCUACUUUACUGCCAGUGAGCGCCAACCGUCCGCGCGCACACACUUUCGGCUUCCUGGCUGGGUGGAUCCGAUGCAGUGAGAAGUUGGUGCGGUCAGUCAGGCCGGAGGAAGCGGCUGACGCGUGCAGACACUCGCACACACACAACCGCAC